AGAAGAAGACGCAGCCAGUGAAGCCCAGUUAGCAAAACAAGAACUAACUAUAAGUUUUUUUAUAGAUUACAUUUUGAACAAAUUAGACCAGAAACAGUUGGACUGUGAUGGGUAUGGGUGUAUUCACGCAUCCAGCAAACCUCCUACCGGGAGGUCGCUGAGCUGCGACUCAAAACAAGCGUCUGAGCUGUUAGCUCACUGUCAGGCUGCAGCGUGAUUACAACGUUUUUAGUUUUUAAACUCGAUAACGCCGUUCCUCAACCGCCACCAUGGCCAGUCUGGAGCAGUGGGUGAACGACCGCCUCCACGACAUCCUGGGCCUGAGCGACAGGUACGUGUCCCAGUUCAUGAUCGGCACGGCCCGCAAGGCGUCCAGCGCCGAGGACUUCGUGGACCGGCUGGAGAAGACGGGCACCAUCGACAUCGACCAGAGCGUGUCGUCUUUCGCCAAGGAGCUCUUCGAAAAGAUUCCUCGUAAAGCCGUCGUGGAGAAACCGGCUCGUGCGAUGGAGCGGGAGGCCAUCGAGAUGGACAGGAAGAACCGGACGUACACGUUGCUGGAGGACAGCGACAGCGGCGAGGAGGCGGCGAUGGAGACGCAGAAAGGGAAGAAGAAGAACAAGGACCGAGGGAACAAGAGGAAGCACAUCAGGCCGAAGAAGGGUAGCGAGUCGAGCGAGGAUGAGGCUCCUCAGAGGGGGAAUUCUGGCCACGAGGACCGCAAGUCUGUCAAGAAAGAAGAGGAUGAGGAGGAGGAGGAGUGGGAGAAGGAGGAGAGAGAGCGGCUGCACGACAUCCAGGAAAGAGAUGCGUUUGCUCUACGAGUGAGAGAGAAGGACAAGGACAAGACCCGCAACAUCGCAGAGAGGACGGAUAAGAAGGCUUAUGAAGAAGCUCAGAAGAGGCUGAAGAUGGCUGAAGACGACCAGAAGAAUAUGUUGCCAGAGUUGAGGAAGCAGUCGCGGCGGGAAUAUCUAAAGAAGAGGGAGGCGGAGAAGCUGGAGGACCUGGAGGCGGAGAUCAUAGACGACGAGUACCUCUUCUCCAAGGAGGAGUUGAGCCAGAGGGAGCGGAAGGAGCUGGAAUACAAACGCACCCUCCGAGACCUGGCCAAGGACUACAAGAAGGCUGGGGCCAAGGAGCAGGAGGAGCGGAAGAACCGCUACUACAUGCCGGAAGAAAAGAGGAACAAGGAAGUGCCUCAGAUGGACCUGGAGCUGGACGAGGCCCCCAUGGAGCUGGGGGGGGAGCAGGGCCGCUGGGAGGAGGAGAGGCUGAAGACGGCCUCCCUCAGCUUUGGCGCCAGGAGGGAGCGAGAGCUGGGCAUGAGGGAGGAGCAGGACAGGUACGAGCUGAUCCUGGAGGAGGAGGAGAUGAUCGACUUCGUCAGCACGGCCAUCACCAUGAAGGGAACCCGCACCGACAAGGAUCAGGAGACGUUGGCUCUGUCGCAGGCGGAGAUGAAGAAACAGUCCAUGCAGGAGGUCCGGCGCAGCCUCCCCAUCUUCCCCUUCAGGGAGGACCUGCUGGCCGCCAUCAGGGACCACCAGGUCCUGGUCAUCGAGGGCGAGACCGGCUCGGGGAAGACCACGCAGAUCCCGCAGUACCUGCUGGAGACCGGCUACUCCGACGGCGGCAUGAAGAUCGGCUGCACGCAGCCUCGCCGAGUCGCUGCCAUGUCCGUGGCGGCCAGAGUGGCGGAGGAGAUGAGUGUCAAGCUGGGCAACGAGGUGGGGUACAGCAUCCGCUUCGAGGACUGCACCUCGGAGAGAACCGUGCUCAAGUACAUGACGGACGGCAUGCUGCUCCGGGAGUUCCUGACCGAGCCGGACCUGGCCAGCUACAGCGUGAUCAUCAUCGACGAGGCCCACGAGCGAACGCUUCACACAGACAUCCUGUUUGGCCUGAUCAAGGACAUCGCCCGGUUCCGGUCGGACCUGAAGGUGCUGGUGGCCAGCGCCACCCUGGACACGGAGCGCUUCUCCUGCUUCUUCGACGACGCGCCCGUCUUCAGGAUCCCCGGCAGGAGGUUCCCCGUCGACAUCUUCUACACCAAAGCUCCGGAGGCCGACUACCUGGACGCGUGUGUCGUCUCCGUGCUGCAGAUCCACGUCACCCAGCCGCCCGGAGACAUCCUGGUCUUCCUCACCGGACAGGAGGAGAUCGAAGCGUCCUGCGAGAUGCUGCAGGAGAGAUGCCGGCGACUCGGCUCCAAGAUCGCAGAGCUGCUGAUCCUCCCGAUCUACGCCAACCUCCCGUCAGACAUGCAGGCCAAGAUCUUCAACCCGACUCCUCCCGGAGCCCGAAAGGUGGUGGUGGCCACCAACAUCGCAGAGACGUCGCUCACCAUCGACGGCAUCAUCUACGUCAUCGACCCGGGCUUCUGCAAGCAGAAGAGCUACAACGCCCGCACGGGCAUGGAGUCGCUCAUCGUCACGCCCUGCUCUCGGGCUUCGGCCAAUCAGAGGGCAGGCCGCGCAGGCAGGGUGGCUGCUGGGAAAUGCUUCCGGCUCUACACGGCCUGGGCCUUCAAACACGAGAUGGAGGAGACGACAGUGCCUGAGAUCCAGAGGACCAACCUGGGGAACGUCGUCCUGCUGCUGAAGAGUCUAGGCAUCAAUGACCUGAUCCACUUUGACUUCAUGGACCCGCCCCCCCAUGAGACCCUGGUUCUGGCCCUGGAGCAGCUCUACGCCCUCGGAGCGCUCAACCACCUGGGGGAGCUCACUAAGCUGGGUCGCAGGAUGGCCGAGCUACCGGUUGAUCCGAUGCUGAGCAAGAUGAUCCUGGCCUCCGAACAGUACAAGUGUUCGGAGGAGGUUCUGACGAUCGCCGCCAUGCUGUCAGUGAACAACUCCAUCUUCUACCGGCCCAAAGACAAGGUGGUUCACGCCGACAACGCCAGGAUGAACUUCGUGGUCCCGGGGGGCGACCACCUGGUGCUGCUCAACGUGUACACGCAGUGGGUGGAGAGCGGCCACUCCACCCAGUGGUGCUACGAGAACUUCAUCCAGUUCCGCUCCAUGAGGAGGGCCCGGGACGUGCGGGACCAGCUGGAGGGCCUGAUGGACCGCAUCGAGGUGGAGGUGGUCAGCAGCACCGGCGACAGCGUGCCCAUCCGCAAGGCCGUGACGGCGGGAUACUUCUACCACACGGCUCGACUCAGCAAAGGCGGCUACAAGACGGUGAAGCACCAGCAGACGGUUUACGUUCAUCCCAACAGCUCGCUGUUCGAGGAGCAGCCGCGCUGGCUCAUCUACCACGAGCUGGUGUUCACCACCAAGGAGUUCAUGAGACAGGUGAUUGAGAUCGACAGCGCCUGGCUGCUGGAAGUGGCUCCUCACUACUACAAGAGCAAAGAGCUGGAGGACAGCAGCAGCAAGAAGAUGCCGCGCAAGCAGGGAAAGACCAAGGAGGAGCUGGGCUGAAGUCGGGACCCAAGACGGGCCACGCCCCGCCCAGGAGAGCCGGGAACCGGAUCAGAACCGGACUGCUCAGGACAGACGAUGCUCACACCAACCUCAGAACUUUAGAUUUAAACUCAGACUUUAUUUUGAUCUCAGAGACGCAGCUUUCUGGUUUAAUCUGGAACCAGCUCAGAGUCGGAUUCUGGUCCAUUUCUGGGCCUCUGACCCCCGCUGGACCGCUGGACUUAAGGGGGGUGGGGUGUUUGUGAGAUCAGCACUCGUUCCUCUUGCGUGUUUUUAUAUUCCUGUGUUUAAUAAAAUUUUACAAUCCCUUUA